AUGGAUCAGGUCAUGCAGUUGGUCGAGCCAAGUCGGCAGUUUGUAAAGGACUUGACUCGGCUGGUUAAAAGAUGCACCAAGCCCGACAGAAGAGAAUUUCAGAAGGUCGCCAUGGCCACAGCGAUAGGAUCUGCUAUCACGGGAUUCAUUGGCUUCUCUGUGAAACUGAUCCAUGUCCCUGUUAACAACAUUAUUGUGGGCGGCUAA